AUGUCGGACCCGUUCGAUAGGGAGAAGGUCACCCCUUCUCCUCCAAAUUAUCCCUCCGCCGAUACAUCAGUGCACGAAGAUGAUACGAAUCAUCAUCCGGCACAUGCCGCCGACCCCGAUAUAGGAGGAAGGAAUGAUCUUGAGCCCGAGACUUUUUGCCGCGAUGAGGCUAGCGAGAAGCCCAGCACAGCAUCCUACUCAGCCCGAUGGAGAACCCUCAGCAAGCGGGUCAAAGACCGUGCAGGCACAAUUGCCGAGGCACUAGGUCGACCGCAUGAAGCCGGGGAAGAUGGACUGGAUGCCAGCUUCUCGCCCGAAUAUUAUGGCGCAACCGAUGAUAUCCACAGCCACCAGGCCCGCGUGGCAAAUGAUGAGGAGGAAAGGAUGACGGGCCAUGAUCAUGAUUCUCAGGCUGAGCAUCUGAUCAAUAAUCUCGGCCUACCGACAUAUCGAACUCGCGACUCGUUGCCUCCAUCCGGCGCAACCACCCCGGGGGAGCGGAGCAUCGACUCCGCUGAAUGUCGUAUGAGCUUGGCUACUACGGCUGUCGACUUUGACCCUCCGACUGAGACUAUUCCACCUACAGCUCCAGAUACCCCGGGCACAUCAAGCACGGCGAAGGAUAAGAUGAAGUGGUACGCCAAUUCGAACAACAGCAAGCCAAACGCGCUGGACAAGUUGAAGAAAAUGGAAAAACCUUUGACAGGAAACGAAACUCCAAAGCAAAAGAAGCCCGGUCAUCACUAUACUUCCUCCCUCGUGGCUGCAUCCAUGGAUAUGGGCAGGGUAGGUGUACCCGGUGCGCAAGGCUCAACGCCAAUGGGCUACCGGGAACGCAAGAAGCAAAAGCGCCAGAGCCAGAAGGAUGUCAAGCUGAAGGUGCAUAUUGCGGCAAUUCUCGCACGACAGCAGUAUAUCAUGCAACUCUGUCGUGCAUUGAUGAAAUACGGUGCUCCCACCCACCGUCUGGAAGAGUACAUGAUGAUGACAUCCAAUGUGUUAGAAGUCAAGGCCCAAUUCUUGUACAUCCCCGGAUGUAUGUUCAUGUCCUUUGACGACGCCUUAACGCGCACCGCCGAGGUGAAAAUUAUCCGCGUGGUCCAGGGCUUAGAUCUCUCCCGACUCGCAGAGACACAUAACGUUUACAAGAACGUCGUGCACGAUCUCGUCGGCGUCGAAACAGCAACCCAAGACCUGGACGAAAUCAUGCAGCGCAAACCUCGCUACAACCGCUGGACUUUGGUCCUACUCACGGGUCUAGCCAGUGUCGCCGUCGGACCCUACGCCUUCAGCGCCCGACCAAUCGACUUGCCAAUUAUCUUCGUCCUCGGCUCGAUCGUCGGCUUCAUGCAAAAUGUCCUCGCCCCAGCCUCGGCAACAUACUCGAACGUCCUCGAAGUCUCAGCAGCAGUCCUAACCUCCUUCUUGGCCCGCGCAUUCGGAAGUAUCCAGCACAACGGCGACCGCGUCUUCUGCUUCGCAGCCAUAGCGCAAUCAUCCAUCGCAAUGAUUCUCCCUGGAUUCGCCGUCCUAAGUUCCUCUCUCGAAUUACAGUCCCACCAAAUGAACGCCGGCUCAAUCAGAAUGGUCUUCACAAUUAUUUACUCCCUCUUCCUGGGCUACGGCGUAACAGUCGGAACAACCAUCUACGGCUUAAUGGACGGCAACGCAACAACAGAAUCAACCUGUCCAACAGCAAGCCUAGACAUAUGGGGCAACGAAUAUAUCCAACAUUUCCCCUUCGUCGCACUAUUCUGCCUCUUCGCCGCUCUAAUCAACCAAGCCAAAUUCAAACAACUCCCCGUCACAGUGCUUAUGGGAAUGUGCGGCUACGUAACGAAUUACUUCAGCACCAAAGUCCUCGGAUCAAACCAAGUCGCCAACACAAUCGGCGCAUUCACAAUCGGUCUCAUUGCGAAUCUUUAUAGUCGGAUUUGGCACGGUCAUGCGGCUGCGGCGAUUAUUCCGGGUAUAUUUACGCUUGUUCCUUCGGGGUUGGCGUCGAGUGGGUCGAUUAUUUCGGGUUUGCAGUAUGCUGAGGCUGUUAAGAAUCAUACUACUAGUUCGACUAGUGGGGCGACGAGUAAUUCUUCUUUGACGUCGCUUGGUUAUGGGAUGAUUCAGACUGCUAUUGGGAUUUCGGUGGGGUUGUUUGUUUCUGCGCUUAUUGUUUAUCCGCAUGGGAAGAAGAGGAGUGGGAUUUUUAGUCUUUAG